AUGAAGAAAAGCAAUGCAGCCAAACGGGGUCUCCAAGAUUCUAACCAGCUCUCGACGCAGCCGGAUAAAGUGGGAUGGAUCCGCAAAUUCUGCGGCAGAGGGAUUUUCAGAGAAAUAUGGAAAAACCGCUUUGUGAUGUUAAAAGGAGAUCAUCUCUACAUAUUUGAAAAGGAGAUGAAGGACGAUGGUAAGACCCACGAGGUGUUCGACCUGUUUGAGUACGAGCGCUCGGAGGAGCUGCGGAAGACCAAGAGUCGCAGCAAGAAAAGCUACAGCAAAUUCACCCUGCUGCGAUGCCGACAACCAGGAAACCGGACGCCCAAUCUGGUGUUCUUGGCCGUCAGCCCCGAGGAGAAGGAGUCCUGGAUCAACGUCCUGAACGCUGCCAUACUGCGCGCCAAGAACCACCGCGUCUUCGAUGAGGUCACCCUAGAGGAGGAGAGUCUAUGCCACCCGACGCGCGACCGUGCCAAGAUCCCUCCAGGCCGACGCCUGCCCACACGCGGGCACCUCAUGACCGUGGCGUCCACGUCGUCUGACGGCAUGCUGACCCUUGACCUGGUACAUGAGGAGGACGAGAGUUCCGCCUGGGGGCGGGACUACCGCGACUACCGAGUGGACCUGGACAAGAUGGCCGCCGCGUCUGGAUCUGGACCGGGUCCGGGCCGCCGCCGCUCCGGCACCGACGCCUCCAAGUUACGCGUGACGCCAGCCGCCCCCGAGGGCCGCGUGAAGACCGGUAGCCUGCCGCGCGGCAGCGAGAUGUCCUGGAGCCGCCCCCCACCGCUCAGCAUGACCGCCAGGCAGCACUCCACAGAGGUCCACACCCCGCCGGCGCAUGCUCGCACGCCGCAGCCGGGCAAGAGGGCGGCGUUCCAGGGCCGGAGCCGGUGCGCGUCGAUGGACGACGCCCUGUCCCGGGGGGGUGGGGACCGUAGAGGAGGCGGGGCGACGGGCCGGGCGCGGGCGGCUGCAGCAGCGGCAGCUCUGGCACACAGUCCCACUGGCCACCUGCAGGACCUGAUCGACCAGCGGCUGCAGCGCACGCAGGAGCUGCUAGCGGAGAUCCACGAGCAGGACGGCGGACCGAUGCUAAUGCUACACCAGAGGCCCAGAGUCGACUCCGCACACGUCAUCCGCGGAGGUGCUGAGAUCCACGAGCAGGACGGGGGACCGAUGCUAAUGCUACACCAGAGGCCCAGAGUCGACUCCGCACACGUCAUCCGCGGAGGUGCUGAUCAUGGUGGCGGUGGCGUGGACUCCCCCCGACUGCGUCACCUGCGAGGCUCCGACUCGCCCCACUCCUCCAGCAGGGGUUCCGGCUCACCCCACAGCAGGAGCGACAAGGACUCCCCGCGGGGAGGAGGAGGAGGAGGAGGAGGAGGCAAGGAUUCCCCCCGCAGCAGCGGCAGCAAAGGGAAGGAGUCUCCCCGCGUCAAGGGCUCCAAGUCUCCCCGCAGUGGCAAGGCGAAAGACUCUUCACGCGGAGGAGGAGGAGGAGGAGGAGGAGGGGGAGGCAAGGGGGCCUCGGAUUCCCCCGGUGGUGGCGGGAACGGGAACAAUGCCAGCAGCAGCAGCAGCAGGUCGCCCCACCUGCCACACCUACGGAGCCUGGACCUGACCCACCUCAGGGGGUCGGACUCGCCGCUCUCCACCGGCUCCGGCAGCGGAGGGGGCGGAGGCGGCAGCGGGGGCCCCAACUCGCCCCACCCUAAACCCCGAGGAGGAGGAGGCCCCAUGUCGGAGCUGCUCCUCCUCAAGGCGGCCAGCUCUCCUCACCUGCACCUGCGAGGGGCGCUGCGUGGGGACUCUCCGCUGCGCGAGGGCAAGAUGGCGGCCGGGAUGGUGGCGGGCGCGGGGGGGUCGGACUGGGAGGUGCGGCGGGCGGCUGCCGAGCGACUCCUGCAGGAGGCGAUCAGCUCGUGGCAGGAGGCGCGGGAGGUGCUGGAGGAGGUCAAACAGCUGCAAGAGCGGCAGCGGAGCGCCGAACCCCCGACUGCUGCUGCUGCUGCCGUCGCCGCGACAACCACUGUGACGUCAUCACCGCCGACGGCAACCAGCAACGUGGCGACCACUGUGACAUUACCACCGGCGGUGUCCUCCUCGGCAACUGCUACUACGACGACGACAAAGCAGGCCACGCCCCCCUCUCACAGCAGCCCAAGCACCAAAGAGCCCUGA